UCAUAUUGUCCUAGAGAUAGAAGACACGAGAUAAGACAACUGAAGUGCAGCGUGAGAGUGAGAUCCAGAUGUAGCUGACUGUAAUGUGCAGAGAAGCGACAGUAAAGGUGUAAACGGCAUAUGGCAGAGAAACUGACAAAGUUUGUCUACCGCGAGAUUGAGCUCUACAAAUCUGAGAGUCUCGGUAGUGGAUCAUAUGGAGGGGUGUGCAAGGCCAAGUGUGAUGGACUGCUGUGUGCUGCCAAGAUCAUGCACCCCACUCUCUUUGACCUGCGUGACCCCGGAACAGCCACCUACCUUUGUAAGUUCCGGGAAGAAUGCCACCUACUUAGUCUAGCGAGGCACCCCAAUGUGGUCCAGUACCUGGGUACUUACACUGACCCUGACACACGACUGCCUGUUCUCCUCAUGGAGCUCUGCGACGAAAGUCUGACAGCAUUCCUGGAGCGAUCCCCAGGACCACUGUCCUACCACAUCCUGGUGAACAUCUCCUACGACAUAGCACUGGCUCUGGUCUACCUACACUCCAACGGUCUCAUCCACAGAGAC